AUGGGCGGGUUCACCGUCGAGAUGUGCGUCUCGGAAUGCUCUGUUUCUGUUGACGACUUCGGGUCUUCUUCUCCCGACGAAUUCCACUCCUACUCACUUUCUGAUUCGAACGGAAAUGGGUCCACCGUCCUUAAACCUGAUCUGGUGGUGAUAGUGGACGUAGACUCUUUGACUUCCCACUUGUAUCGGCCGCUCCUUGACCCAGAUGAACUAGCCCAACUUCCAGAAUCCUUAUCAGUCUCUCGCGAGCACGACGUAGCUCACCAACGUCUGGUCGCAGACUAUUUUGCCGAGCAACCACGGUGGGGCCCGAUGUUUCGGGAAGACAACAUCGGCAGACUCGGACUUACGCCGUUGCAGAAGUGCACGGUUGCGAUCCGACAGUUGGCCUACGGCACCACGGAGGAUAUGUUCGACGAGUACCUUCACGUCGGGGAGACAACUGUCCGCGAUUGCUUGAAGAAUUUUUUUAGGGGAGUUGUGGAGGCUUUUGGUGACACAUAUUUGCGAAGGCCGACUGCUGAUGAUUGCCAGAACCUGAUGAGGAUGCACGAGAUGGUGCACGACUUCCCUGGAAUGCUAAGGAGCAUUGAUUUCGGGUCGAACAACGACAUCAACGUCCUCAACUCGUCCACCCUCUUCGCCGAUCAAUACAGGGGUCGCGGCACGGCCAUCGAGUUCACUGCCAACGGACGCCAAUAUCUUAUGGGGUACUACUUGGACUAUGGCAUAUACCCAAGGUGGCCUGUUUUUGUGAAGACGGUCAGCUUCCCAAUGGGUGACAGGAGAGUGUUGUUUGCGGCAAAGCAGGAGGCUGCGCGGAAGGAUGUGGAGCGGGAUUUUGUCGAACAAGAAGUUGGACAUGUCACCGAUUGGGCCGAUGAUGAAGGUGGAUCUAGCUCCAGCACGGGAACCACGCCUGUCGCUCGAGGAUUACUGAUGGACUUCAGUGAGGUUCUAGCUAGACAGACCUCAAUGCGCAGCCAACAAGACCAUGCGGCGCUGAUGAACGACAUGAUUGAAGAAGUUUGGAAGCGCCACGACCAUUGA